GAAAGUAAAUGUUUGGGUGGAUCCUGCUCUGGUUAUAUUUCUGUAGAGCUGGAGUUUAGAUGCAUACACUCACAGACUUUGAUUCUUGUGCAUCUUGUUGGAGCCAUCUUGCUUAGACAUAUUUGUUAUUUUCACCUACCACACUGAUCUGGAGGCAUAAAGAUGUUGGAUGAUUUUGGCAUAACAGAGGAGGAGCUGAAAGAGCUUCAAGAAACAAUAUCUAAUCAAGAUAUUCAGUCAGCAACAAACACAAUCAAAGAAUUCCUCAAACAGCAAGAUCGUGUUGAGCUAAACAUUGGUGUGACGGGAGAGUCAGGUUCUGGAAAGUCCACAUUUGUCAAUGCUUUCAGGGGUUUAGGGGAUGAAGAUGAAGGCUCUGCUAAAACUGAUAUAGUUGAGACUACCAUGAAACCUGAAGUUUACCUUCACCCAAAAUUCAAAAAUGUGAAAGUGUGGGAUCUUCCUGGCAUCGGAACACCAAACUUCAAAGCCGACGAGUAUCUUGAACAGGUUGAGUUUGAACGCUAUGAUUUUUUCAUCAUCAUUGCUUCGGAUCGGUUCAGAGAAUGCCACACUCAACUGGCCGAAGAGAUCAAGAGAAUGGGGAAAAAGUUUUAUUUUGUUCGUUCUAAGAUUGACUUGAGCAUUUCGGCUCAAAAGAGGAAAAAAAACUUUGAUGAGAAAAACACACUGGAUACCAUCCGAGAGGACUGUGAAAAGGGGCUGAGAAAGAUCUGUAUAGAGGAUCCUGAUGUGUUCCUGAUCUCUGGUUGGGAGCUCGGCAAGUAUGACAUAAAUCUGCUGCAGGAAAGGAUGGAGAAAGAGCUUCCACAGCAUAAGAGACGUGUGCUGAUGUUGGCUUUGCCAAAUAUCACAACAAAGAUUCAUGAGAAAAAGAAGAAAGCUCUAGAGGAAAACAUUAAAAGAGUAGCCUUCCUGUCUGCUUGUGUAGCUGCAGUUCCAGUUCCUGGUCUUUCAUUUGCUGUGGAUUUAGUUAUCAUAGCAACUGAGAUACAGAAGUACUGCAGUGCCUUUGGUCUUGAUAGGAAAUCUCUGCAGCAGCUCUGUGAAAGGUUUGGUAAGAGCAUAGAGACUGUAGAGAGUCUGAUGACUUCAGUUUGGCAUAAAGGAAUAUGCACAAGUUCAGUCUUAUCAGUACUGAGUGAUUCAUCUCUUCUGGUAACAGAAGAUGCUGUUGAGUCCCUUUUUAGGUUUGUGCCUCUUUUAGGCUCUAUAGCGGCAGGAGCUAUGUCCUAUUUAACUGUGUCAGUAAUGCUGAAGAGAGCUCUGAAUGAUAUAGCAGAAGAUGCCAGAAAUGUGCUAAUGGCUUUAUUGGAGAGUGAAGUGUAAUUAGACACUGUUGUUGUUGUAUUAUAUAGAUUUUAGCCCUGUCCUUUUAAUAAGUGUCGUUCAUAUGCCAUCUGUACAUGUUUUUACAACUUUGCUGGCUCAUUACUAUAUGGGGAUUCUGUGAAAGUGAAAGUAAAUGUUUGGGUGGAUCCUGCUCUGGUUGUAUUUCUGUACACCUGGAGUUUAGACGCACACACUCACAGACUUUGAUUCUCUUUUAUUGUUUUGCAACUGAAAUAAUCAAUAGAUUAAAAUAUUGAGGACAUGCUUUGUAAUAAUUUUUGUACAUUAGUUGAUUUGCAGGCACUACAUAUAUUAUAUCUAAUUAGACAGAUUUAACCUGCAUAAAUAAAGAACAUAAUUUUUGUUUUGUUUUAUAACACUGAUUUUUAAUCUUAAUAGUUUAAUCAUUUUGUACAUAACUGUGCUAUGCUAUAUAAAUGGAAAUUGUUAAGCUUGUUUAAAAAAAGCAAAGGCAAAGCAGCUUAGUUGAUUAUUUAAAAAAUGCAUUUUGAGAAUUCGAUGUAUUUGUUAUCACUUUCCUUCUAUUCUUAUCCCCCCACCCCACCCCCUGUUGUUAGGUCCGGGGUACAGUUAGAUUUUGCCAUAUAUAUCUCUUUUAAUAUUCUAACUUUCUUUUGGUGCAAUUCAGCAGCUCACUGGUAGCGAUCUUUUGGAAUUAAGUCCUGCCCUCAUUGUGUAAAUUGUGAAAAUGUAAAAAAAAAAAAAAAGAAAUUGUGUAAAUGUAGAUCUUUUGAAAUGGAGAUAUGAAAUAUUGUUAUUUUCCAAAAUAAUUUCAGAAAUGUAUAUUUUACAUUUUAUAUAUACUGUUGUAGCACUUUUUAAAAAAUAGCAAUAUUACUCUUAGUGGACCAUCAGAAAACAUCUAUUAGUUUUGCCUGGAUUCUUUUUUCCCCCUAUCACAUUUAGAUUUUUAUUUUGCAUUCACAAGAUACAGUGAUUCUACAAUGUUGUGAAAACUGUAUAUGAUUGUAAUCAGAUGAUACACAUUAAAUUGUGAUAUUUCUAAGUUUCUUCUUUCCAUCACAAUUUUUUCAUUACAGAAUAAUCAAC